CCCACCUGAACACACUGAGCAGAGACAUCACCAAGGCUUCACAUAGCUGUUGAGAGGCUUCAGCUCUUACCCACUCAAGAUGAAAUCACACACAAGAACCUCUUGAGGUAAGGGGUGGUUUAAGACUCAUACCCCAUGUUGGAUGUCCCCCCAGCAGAAAUCAUGGCAGGCAUUUCCUGGACUGAAGGAGUCUCCAAUGAGACAGGUGCCAAUUCCAGUGCAGAAUUCCAUUUGGAAGCAGACUUCCAGUAUUCCUUGUUUACUGUCAUCUACAGCUUCGUCUUCGUGCUGGGUCUGAUAGAGAAUGUGUUGGCUCUGUACCUGCUGUCCUGCAGGGCAAAGCACACUUCCCAUUCCUAUGUGUACAUGAUUAAUCUAGUUCUGGUGGACACCUUGUUUGUGUGUGUGUUGCCUUUCAAAAUUCAUUACCACCUGAAUGGGAACAACUGGAUCUUUGGGGACGUAGCCUGUAGGAUAACGGGGACUCUGUACUACAUCAACAUCUGCCUCAGCAUCGCCUUUUUCACCUGCAUCUGCGUGGACCGCUACAUCGCGGUGUUGCACCCCUUCACGUACAUCCAGAUCAGGGUCAUCCAUUACGUGGUGGUGGUCGCAGUGCUCUGGGUGGUCGCUCUGAGCAUCAUGGUCCCACUCAUCCUCGGAGGUCCCCUCCACAGCAGGGGUGUGGGGAACACAGUAGUAUGUUUUGAGAACUUUGCCACCAGCAGCUGGACUUCCCGCAUGACAACUUACAACAUCCUGGCCUUGGUGUUCGGGUUUGUGAUCCCAUUUUCCAUCAUUCUGAUCAGCUACCCUCUCAUUGCCAAGAGGAUCUCCCGCAUCAAAAGCAGCAUUCACAAGAGGAAGGCCCUGAGCACCAUCUACAUCAUCCUGGUCAUUUGUACUUUGUGCUUUCUCCCCUAUCACCUCACUCACCUGCUCCACUUCCUGAUGAGAACCCAGGUCAUCCAGAACAAGGCAUUUGCCAACUUGAUCUACAAGAUGCGGAAGGUCACCCUGGCCCUGGUGAGCUUCAACUGCUGCCUUAACCCACUCCUGUACUACUUCAACUCCUCCAGCAGGCAGUGGCACUUCAACUUCAAGCUCAGAUCCAGGCCUCAAGUGGUGUUUACCAUCUGCGACCAGAAACUUGGGGAGUUCUCCUAUGUUUAUAAACUUCAUCAGAGAGACGGAGAUGGAAAAUAGAGAUGGAAUCAACUGAGCUGCUUGCAGUAAGUACACUGUUCAUCUUUCGAACUGUCCCUUCAAAACCGAGCCUGUAACCCUACCCUUUCUUCAUACAGGGCUGUUACAUCCAAGGCCACACUGGAGGGAGGUGCCUAA